GAGGAUGAUAAAACGACCGGAUUUUGCGGGAAAAAAUUGAUCAAAAUAAAAAUGUCUGGGGAAAAAAUGGAGACUAACGAAGCUACCGAACAAAUGCAGAAUAAGCCAGAAUCUAGUUCUAACUUUAAUGAAGUACCUUGGGUAGAAAAAUUCAGACCAGUCAAGCUGUCAGAUAUUGUUGGAAAUGAACAAACAAUAACAAGAUUAGAGGUGUUUGCACGAGAAGGCAAUGUUCCAAACGUGAUUAUUGCAGGUCCGCCUGGUACGGGAAAAACUACAAGCAUAUUGUGCCUAGCACGUGCAAUGUUAGGGCCAUCAUACAGGGAGGCAGUACUGGAACUUAACGCCUCUAAUGACAGAGGUAUCGAUGUAGUUAGAAACAAGAUUAAAAUGUUUGCCCAACAAAAAGUCACAUUACCAGCAGGAAGACAUAAAAUCAUCAUCUUAGAUGAAGCAGACAGUAUGACUGACGGAGCUCAGCAGGCACUCAGAAGAACCAUGGAGAUAUAUUCAAAAACUACAAGAUUUGCAUUGGCUUGUAAUGCUUCUGAUAAAAUUAUAGAGCCAAUACAGUCUCGAUGUGCUGUGUUACGCUACACAAAGUUAUCAGAUGCCCAGGUGUUGAAACGUUUACUUGAAGUGAGUGAAGCAGAAAAAGUGAGCUAUACGGAUGAUGGAUUGGAGGCAAUAGUUUUCACUGCACAAGGUGAUAUGAGACAGGCAUUGAACAAUCUGCAGUCAACAUACCAAGGCUUUGAGCAUGUCAGCAGUGAAAAUGUUUUUCAAAGGGAACAAAGUUCUGUCUGUGAUGAACCCCACCCAUUGCUGAUUAAGGACAUGUUAAAACAUUGUGUGGUGGGCAAUAUUGAUGAGGCAUACAAGAUCAUGGCCUACCUCUGGAGGCUCGGGUACUCCCCUGAAGACAUCAUAGGCAUUGUAUUCAGGGGCUGUAAAACACAUGACAUGCCUGAAUAUCUCAAACUGGAGUUUAUCAAGGAGAUAGGAUACACACAUAUGAGAAUUGCAGAAGGGAUCCAUUCACUACUACAGAUGUCAGGAAUGCUGGCCAGAUUGUGCAAGAAAUCAGCAGAACCUAAUGUUUUAGCAUCAUGAUACCUCCAUAUACCUGACAUUGGUUUUAACUUAGUUACAGGACCAUGAUAACUUGGGUUUAAAUGAUACUAUUCAUAGUAUUGUGCAAGAGAAACAAAAGAAAGGAGGAUGUUGAAAAGGUCUGCAAAUCAUUGAUAGUGUUUUUUCUAGGUAGUGAGGGAUUAGAUAUGCAUUUACCAUGUACAAGUUUCAUUUAAGUUACUGUAAAUCAUAUAGUGCAAUAUACAAUAUAAGUCCCUGUGAUGGUGACAAGAACUUUGUUUAAGAGGCUUCAGACAUUUAUAAAUAUUGGGUUAUCAUGCAGCAUUUUUGUUAAGACCAUCUUCAUAUAUCUCAAGUUUAAUUUGAAGUUUGGUGUGUAAGAUAAUCUGUUGAAACAGCAGAUCUGAUACUGAACUAGUGUAUGACUUCUUAAAAGUAUGAUACAAAUAUAAAUACGAAAAACAAA